CCCAAACUAGUCCUCAAAGAUAGUCGCCUCAUCUGCCCACUCAACUGAAGCUCAUUGACACUUCGUCUCUCAGGCAUUGCAAAUCUUGAUCCAAGAUGGACGCUCUUCGCCAGGCCUUCCCCCCCAAACCCGCCUUCACCGAGGCCAACGUGCCAGAUCUCUCUGGCCGCGUCUGUCUCGUCACCGGCGCAAACACAGGCGUCGGCAAGGAGGUUGCGCAGGUCCUCUACAGCAAGAACGCGACCGUCUGGAUCGCCGCUCGCACCGAGGAAAAGGCUCGGACGGCCAUUGACGCCAUCAAGCAGCAGCACCCGUCGUCCAAUGGCGCCCUGAAGUUUCUGAAGCUGGACCUCGCAGACCUGACCACCAUCUCCGGCUCGGCCCAGGAGUUUCUCGCUGCAGAGACCAAGCUCGACAUCCUCUUCAACAAUGCGGGCGUCAUGACCCCUCCGGAGGGAUCCAAGACGAAGCAGGGCUAUGAACUGCAGCUCGGCACCAACUGCGUUGGACACUUUCUCUUCACAAAACUCCUCACGCCUCUCCUCCAGUCUACAGCCAAGACGGCACCUAAAGAUUCCGUCCGUGUUGUCUGGGUCUCCAGUUCUGCAGCUGACGGUCUCUCGCCCAAGCAAGGCUAUGAGCCAGACAACCUGGAUUACAACAAGCCUCGAAAUAUCUACUUCAAGUACGGCGUCAGUAAAGCCGGCAACUACUACCACGCCACCGAGUUUGCAAGGAAGUACAAGCAGGACGGCAUUAUCAGUAUUCCUCUGAACCCGGGUAACCUGCACAGUGAACUUGAUCGCACCUCAUCCUGGUUGCUCUACAACGCAAGAGCAUUGGCCUGCUACCCGCCCAUCAACGGGGCCUACACAGAGCUUUUUGCAGCCUUUUCCCCAGAGCUCACCAUUGAGAAGACAGGAACUUGGGUGGUCCCGUGGGGGCGCUUCUCGCCCAUCCGUUCCGACCUCCUGGCUGGCUCGCUUCCCGAGUCGGAGGGCGGCUCAGGAAUGGCGGAAAAGUUCUGGGCGUGGUCGGAGGAUCAAGUCAAGGCGUAUAUCUAAAUGUGCGAUUGAUGGUUUAUGACGUGAGCGAUGCGACGAGGCGCGGUUUUCUUCGAGAUGAUAGCGAACAGUGUUAAGAGGAUUCCGGUUUAAAGUAAAUAUUAUUUUGGCCUUGAUUGAAAGACAUAAUGCGGGG